AGCAUUGCCAAUGCAGGGUCCGCGACUCUCCGGCUGGAAGGACGGAGAACCUGCUCUAUGUUUACCCAUAGAACAGUGACAAGAAGCGAGUCAGUUGACCCCAACGGUCAGGAAUAACUUGAGGGAAUGUUAGAAAAUCUAGUUUGGAACGCGAAACCGAGGGCUUAGUGUGUACGGGUGGUAGGCUACACUGAAUGUCCCUCAGACUACAAGACAGAAUGAGUUGCGGCUCAACCCGCUAACAACUGAUGCCGCUACUGCCGUGACAUUCUCUCUGUCAAGUGCAAAUACAUUUUUUGACGUUGAAUUUCACUCGUCAAUGGCUUUUGUGAGCGGUGCAUAUUCGGACAUGCGAAGACCACUGGUAUCCUGCUGUUGCGGGAUCUUCUGUUCGAUUUUGUCAGCUCUCCUCGUUCUAUCGGGCAGUUGUGAUCCCGCGGCAGCUCCUCGUCUGGGGCACCAGGGCAGCGUGGCGGUGGUGCCCAGGGGACGGCGGGCGGCAGGAGAGCCCUACUGGGCAUACUCGGGGAGCCACGGGCCGGGGCGCUGGGCCUCGUCCUACCCUGAGUGUGCUGGGGAGAACCAGUCACCGGUGGACAUCUCCGACAAGGACGCGCACGUCUCCAACGAGUGCCAGGAGCUCACGCUGGAAGGGUUCGGAUCGCCGUCCUCCAACAAGACCUCCAUGAAGAACACGGGAAAGACCGUGUCCAUCCUGCUGAGGAAUGACUACUUUGUGAGGGGGGCGGGACUGCCUGGACGUUUCAAAGCUGAGAGGAUGGAGUUCCACUGGGGCCACAGCAACGGCUCAGCGGGGUCUGAGCACAGCAUCAACGGCCGCAAGUUCCCCGUGGAGAUGCAGAUCUACUUGUACAACCCUGACGACUUCGACAGCCUGAGCGCCGCCAUCCAGGAGAAGCGCAUCAUCGCUGCCAUGUCGGUGUUCCUUCAGGUGGGGAAGAAGGACAAUGUGGCAGUGGAGCCCAUCAUCUCAGGCCUCAAGCGAGUGGUCCAUCACGAGAAGGAGACCUUCCUCAGGCCGUUUACGCUGCGGGACCUGCUGCCGUCGUCGCUGGGCAGCUACUACCGCUACACGGGCUCCCUCACCACGCCGCCCUGCAGCCGGGUCGUGGAGUGGAUCGUCUUCAGCCGGCCCGUGUUCCUGUCACACCAGCAGCUGGAGGCCUUCUACUCCAUCUUCACCACGGAGCAGCAGGACCACGUGAAGUCGGUGGAGUAUCUCCGCAACAACCACCGGCCCACGCAGGCCCUGGACAGCAGGCAGGUCUUCAAGUCGGCGGUGAAGGACGCCUGGGCAGUAGAUCCCCUGAUGGACAGCUACAGUGGGCCCACAGGCACGGAGUCCUCCAAGGUGUGCAGCAGCACGCCGGUCAACAUGAGGGUGUACUCGCGUAACCAGAGUGCCCUGGAGGUGCACUGGGACUGGCCCUCCAGCGUGUUCCACCCGCCCAUCAUCAGCUUCAUGGUGUCCUACAGCUGGGUCAAGGACGACGUGGCCUACGAGAAGACCUUCACCAAGACUGGAGACCAUGACACAAGGGCAGUCAUUACACACGUCUCAUCAGACAUCCUCUAUCUGUUCCGAGUGCAAGCUGUGUGUCAGAAGGAUCUCCGCAGUGACUUCAGCCAAUCGUUACUCUUCAGAGCUAAUACCACCAGGCUAUUCGAGGGCUCCAGAAUAGUGAGAACAGGAAUGCCUACGGUGUCUCCAGCCUCCUCAGCAGACAUGGCCCCCAUCAGCUCGGGCUCCUCCACGUGGACCUCCUCCGGCCUCCCCUUCUCCUUCGUCUCCAUGGCCACGGGCAUCGGCCCCCCGUCCAGCGGCGGCCAGGCCACGGUGGCGUCGGUGGUGACCAGCACGCUGCUGGCCGGCCUGGGCUUCAGCGGAGGGGUCAUCUCCUCCCUCCCCGGGUCACUGUGGUCCACCCAGGCCCCGCCGCCGAGCCCCAACCCGACACGCCAGGCGCCCGCGCCAUCUUCCGAGACGGCAGCGGCGCCCGGCUCCGACAACGCCAUCCCGGCCGAGGGCAACGAGGUGCCCGUCCGAGACGGGCAGGAGAAGGACGCAGACGACGAUGAGGAGGAGGACCGGGAUGAAGGAGACGAGGAGAAGGGCGACGAGGAGGAGCGGAAAGAGAAGAACAAGACGGACGCGGAGCGGGGAGACGGCGCGGGGAGAGAGACCGCCUCGCCACGCCCCACCUCCUCCUCCUCCGCAGCGCGCGAGCGAGACGAUGGCGGCCCCGGGACGCCGGCGCCCCCUAGUGACCCGGAAGACCAGCUGGAGCAGAUGACCCCGCGCUCGCCGCUGGAGCGCGGCACACUCGCCAUGUGGGAGGAGGAGAACAGCACGGCCGACAUGCAGCUGCCCGCCAGCCCCACGCCCACGCCCACGCCCCCGCCACUGCUCAGCUCCGACCACAACCACUGGCCCUUCUCCAUCCACCCCGACGGGAGCAGGCUCCUGAACAUGACCCGUAGCCCAGUGUCCAUGUCGGGCAUGGUGGAGUGGCUCAUGCCCCUGAUGGUGGUGUCCGUGCUCACACUCUUCUGCCUCGUCCUGCUCAUGAUGGUGCUGGUGCAUUGGAGGAGGUUCUUCCAGAGCGCGCAUUUCUUCGUGGAGGACAGCGGCUCCCCCCGCCUCGUCUCCAGCGACAGCUUCCCCGUCCUCUCUGUCCAAGAUGACCAGGAGGCUAUCUCUGUCAGCCAGUUCCUCAAACAUGUCAUGGAGCUUUACUCCAACAACCAGCGGGGCUUCGGCGAGGAGUUCGAGGAGGUUCAACAUUGCGCAGCAGACAUGAAGCUGGUGGCCGAGCAUUCCAAUCACCUGGACAAUAAGCACAAGAACCGCUACAUCAACAUCAUUGCCUACGACCACAGCCGUGUGAAACUGCAGCCUUUGUGCGGAAAGGACUCCAAACACACAGACUACAUCAACGCCAACUACAUCGACGGCUACAAGAGAACAAAGGCGUACAUCGCGGCGCAGGGGCCCCUGAAGGCCACCUUUGAAGACUUCUGGAGGAUGGUGUGGGAGCAGAACACCGCCAUCAUCGUCAUGAUCACCAACCUCGUGGAGAAAGGCCGGAGGAAAUGUGACCAGUACUGGCCCAGUGAGAACAGUGAUGAGUACGGCAACAUUGUGGUGACCCUGAAGAGCACCAAAGUGUUUGCCUGUUACACAAUCAGGCACUUCCUUAUACGGAACACCAAGGCUAAGAAGGGGCAGAAAGGGCGGCCUCACGAGCGCCCUGUGGUGCAGUACCACUACACGCAGUGGCCCGAUAUGGGCGUGCCGGAGUACACGCUGCCCGUCCUCACCUUCAUCAGACGCUCCUGCGCUGCCGCCGCCGCCACCGCCCGCAUGGGGCCCAUCCUGGUGCACUGCAGUGCUGGGGUUGGCCGGACCGGCACAUACAUUGUCAUUGAUAGUAUGCUGAAGCAGAUGAAGGACAAAGGCACCGUUAACGUCCAUGGAUUCCUGAAACACAUCCGCACCCAACGCAACUACUUAGUACAGACCGAGGAGCAGUACAUCUUCAUCCAUGACACCCUGAUGGAAGCCAUCUUGGGCACAGAGACCGAGGUGCCUGUCUGGCAACUUCCUGCUUACGUCAGCAGCCUCCUCACGCCGGACAUGAGCUACAGGUCCCAGAUGGAGCGGCAGUUCAAGCUGGUGAUGCAGUGUAACGCUCACUUCGUGGACUGCUUCAGCGCGCACAAGGACUACAACAAGGAGAAGAACCGCAACUCCUCCGUGGUGCCCUCGGAGCGGGCGCGCGUAGGGCUGGCACCUCUUCCUGGCAUGAAGGGCACGGACUACAUCAAUGCGUCUUACAUCAUGGGUUAUCACCGUAGCAACGAGUUCAUCAUCACCCAGCAUCCUUUACCCCACACAACUAUGGACUUCUGGAGGAUGAUCUGGGACCACAAUGCUCAAGUCAUUGUCAUGCUUCCAGACAACCAUGGCUUGACAGAGGAUGAGUUUGUUUACUGGCCCAGUCGAGAAGAGGCCAUGAACUGCAUGGCGUUCACCGUCACCCUUAUCAACAAAGACAGGCUGUGCCUUUCCAGUGGGGAGCAGAUCAUCAUUCAUGACUUCAUCCUGGAAGCUACACAGGACGACUAUGUAUUAGAGGUGCGCCACUUCCAGUGUCCCAAAUGGCCUGACCUGAAUGCUCCCAUUAGCAACACGUUUGAGCUGGUUAACAUAAUCAAGGAGGAGGCCCUCACCCGAGACGGACCCACUAUUGUCCAUGACGAGUACGGAGCGUUUUCGGCCGGCCUGCUCUGUGCUCUGACCACGCUGUCCGACCAGAUGGAGAGUGAGAACGCGGUGGAUGUGUAUCAGGUGGCCAAAAUGAUCAACCUCAUGAGGCCCGGCGUCUUCACGGACAUCGAACAGUAUCAGUACCUUUACAAGGCUAUGCUCAGUCUGGUCAGCUGCACGGACAACGGACUCUGGAACCUAUAUGCCGAGAGGAAUGGCAUAGCAGUCAUCACAGACCACCCUGCAGUGAGCAUGGAGUCGCUUGUGUGAACAACGAACAAGAAAAGCAUUUCUUGAGGCCUUUUUUCUGAAGACUACUGGUCAAAUGAAAAAAAAAGAAAAAAAAACUAGAUCCAGUGACUUUUUCUACAGAUUAUACAGAUGAAAAGGAACUUUUUGAUAUUUAUUUUUGCUGCUUUUUGUUAUCCUGCUGAUUGUCUGUAUGUUGUUGUACUGUUCACAAAACAAAAAUGCAGCUCUGUCUAUUUUGCACUAUACUGUCAGUGUUACUGCCUAUACAUGGUCAAUUACAGACUGUGAUGUCCCAAAACAAUGGAUGAGCUCUGUUUGCCUGUCCAUCUCCGGUGGUCACUGACUGGAAGGAGUCAACACUGUCGAGUUUGACAAGGACAAAGACAUGGAUGACCGUCCCAUCUCAUCCCAAGCAGCCCCACGUACAGCACAUCCUAGCAGCCGAACACUGCGUCUGACAUGCCACUGAUGCUCCUGGCCCACCCACGGCGAGAGGUCCCAGCGUUUUAGCUCAAUGCUGUGUUUAACCAUCUCAAUAGACUAUUGAGAGGAAGUAUGACAUGAUAUCAUCAGAAUGUACAUUUCUCACUUUCCAAAUUGGGGAGCCGAAACAGGCCCUUUUGGUUGGAUAAGUGUUUCUUUUGUCUUUCAUUUUAUUUUGAUAUUUAUUUGAAUAACAUGUUUCAUUUUAUAUCUAAUAUAUGUUUUUCUAAUUAGUAUUAUAACACAUAUAUGGACUUUACUGUUUUAUGGCAAAGGUUCUGUUGUUUUGUAAAUAUAAAUAUAUUGAUCAUGUCUACCUGUAUUUUGUACAUUGCAGCUGUGCUCUGUUCCACUAUCAGUAAUAUAUUUUAUUGAAAACCGUG